AUGGGGCAGCGGGGCUCCACACAACCCGAGGCCCGGGUUCUCAUCCUUGGUCUUGACAACGCCGGCAAGUCGACAAUCUUGUACAAACUGAAACACAACAAGUUCGUCGGCACGGUUCCCACCGUCGGCUUCAAUGUGGAAAUGUUCGACGUAAGGAGGAACAAGAAAAAAUUCGCUCUUACGGUGUGGGACGUGGGCGGCCAGGCGGAAAUGCGACGGCACUGGCGUAGCUACCACCAGGACACGCUGUGCGUCGUCUUCGUAGUGGACAGCGCGGACCGCAGCCGGAUGCCAGAGGCGAAGCGCGAGGUGGAGAACACCCUGAAGAGCGUGCAGCUUCGCGGGUGUCCUUUCGUCAUUCUUGCCAACAAGCAGGACGUGGACGGCGCCAUGACCGUGAGUGAAAUCAGAGACAGCUUCGACCUGAGGAGGAUUUGCGCAGACAGGGACUGGUUCGUCCAGCCCUGCUCCGCAUCCACUGGCUUCGGCCUGGAAGAGGCUCUCAGGAAAAUCAGCCACAUGGUCAAACUCCCGUCGGAAUCCGCUGCCACGGUCAAGGAGAACUUUAAGGACACAAUGAAUUACAUAAAAGCCAAGUCUUCUAGGCAUUGA